AUGGCAGCAUCAUAUGCAAAUAUGUUUAUGGGCCACCCUGACUCCAGGCUACUUGCAGCAGCCCCCUUGAAGCCACUCAGCUGGUUUACAUUGAGAUCAAAAUCAUUUGAUUCAGAGUGUGGCACUGACGGAUACGUGACAAUCGACAGUCACUGUUUUAAAGUCCACGAAGAAAGCAAGACGUUUGACGACGCCAAAUCUACAUGUGACAUGGAAAGAGGGAGAAUGGCAGUCAUAGACAAUCAGACAACAGCUCUUGCUUUAAACGAUCACAUCAGAGCAAACCAUACAAGUUUGGUUGGGUACUUGCUGGGUCUAACCGACAGGGAAGUGGAAGGGGAGUGGCGUUGGGAGAAUGGCGACCUUUUAGGGGACUAUCCGAAGUUUAACAGAUUGCAGCCUAACGACAACGAUAGACGGUACAAUAACCAGGGAGCGGACUGUGGUUACAUGUCGGUGGUGUGGCAUUUACUUCACAAAGCUAUUGAUCAACUAUACGACGACAUCUGCAGUCAUCCGGCCAAUUUUGUCUGCGAAAGAGUGAUAGUUUAG